AUGGUGGAGGAGAUGGAGGGGGGCUCGCGUGCAGUUCACGGGCUAGUGGAUCGCAGCGAUGGGCGGAAUGAGAGCAAGUGUGAGGAGGACGACAAGCACAUGCAGCAGCUCUACACAGACGAGGCAUGGCUCAUGCACGACUUCUGCAUUAAGGCCGAGCCCGAGGAGGAGGUGGUACCGCUAGCUCAAGCGCCAACGCAGCCGAGGGUCUUGGCCACGUCGCGUGAGCUGUAUGAGGAGCUGGAGGAGUCGGAGGAGCUGCCGGAGUCUCGUCCUGUCUCUCUCUCUCGUAGCAGCAGCUUCGACCGGUGGGACGGAUCGAAGAGGGCCAGGUGCUCCUCUCUUGAGCCCAGGACUCCCAGCCCUCUCCCGGUCCACUCUCCAUGGACAGCCGAAAGCAUCUUCCGGGAGGCGUCUGUGUUCCUCACGCCAUGGGACUAG